AUGCCGCUCGAUCCCCAACCCGAAGCUGAGGUCGCACAUCGCAACAUGGCCUUCGUACUACGCCUCGCCUUUCUGACGGCCACAAUCUCGGGGAAAGUCUACAGCGACCUUUCCUUCGUGGGCAAUGUCUCGGCAGCUCCUGCCAUCUCUGCAUGCCGUAACCCUCUCAAGGUUGCCUCCAUCUAUGCUGCCACUAGGACGUACUGCAAACCGCAAGACUUCGAUGCCUCUGUACAAUACUACGCUGGGAAGUGCGCGGGGUUUGGCGGUGUCACGAUGAUCCCGGAGUCCGAGGUUGCUGACAACCUCACGGCGGCUGCACUCCAGAGCAUGCGUGUUGUUAGCAAAGGAGAGGUUCCUUCAUACUCCAAGCUAUCCGCCCCGGUGCUGGUAUCGAGGUCGUGGUUCGACGUAGCUUUCAAGACCAUUGAUGCAUUUCAAUUCGAGAAGCGAAUCAGACCAAUAUAUGGCUGGCCAAAGGUCUCCAUCCAACUUUGGCGGUACAUUGCCGACAGGAUGGCCACGAUGUGCUUGUCCAACCUCCCAAUCCUGUGGCUAUUCAGCGGCCGGAACAAUAUCUUCAUUUGGGCAACGGGCUGGCACUUUUCGACGUUCAACUUGUUCCACAGGCAUAUCGCGAGGGUGUCGAUGCUGCAGGCAGCUAUCCAUGGAAUCAGCAAUACGGUCUUCAUUUUCAAGACUGGUACCAAGCUUUUCUACAAGCUGAGAUGGAAAGAGUUGUGGUUCCGUUACGGUGUUGUUGCCGUAGUUGCCUUGGGACUAAUGAUGCUGUUUUCCAAUCACUGGUUCCGACACAGGUUCUACGACUCUUUUCUUCUCAUCCACAUCAGCCUUGCGAUCGUGGCAAUUGUUGGCAUCUUUUAUCACACUUCUAUCUACAUGGGGAGGUUUGACCCUUAUCUUUGGCCCAUAGUUGCUCUCUGGUCUUUUGAGCGCGGUGUGAGGCUCGUUCGCAUCGUCUACUGCAAUCUGCAUGUGCGCUUCGGCAAGGGAGGAUCACUGCAGCGAACUCGCGCGACAGUCGCAUACAACGAGGAGGCAGACAUCAUCAGCGUGAAGGUGCUGCCCGCAACGACUCUAAUCAAGCCGGCGCCAGGUCAGCACUACUUUCUGUAUCAGCCGUUCAGACUGAAGGGAUGGGAAAGCCACCCUUUUACUCUGGCGUAUUGGGAGAAAUCUUCCGCGUCAGUCCACGACGACAUCUCGCUCUGCUUCUGGAUCAGGCCUCGUGAUGGAUGGACUCGCUCACUCAAGAAGCGAUGUCUGCGUUCCGGCGAGCCCAGUAUUUCUACCACGAUACUCCUUGAGGGGCCGUAUGGCAAGCAAGAGCCGCUGUGGGUGUACGAUGAAGUCCUCUUGAUCGCGGGUGGAUCCGGCAUCUCAGCCAUUGUCUCCUACCUCCUCGAUCAUGCCAGACGAGCCACCGCUAUGACAGAGGAUGCUGGCGGCAGGGCACAAGAAAGGUUACGAACGCGCCGCAUUACUCUAGUGUGGGCCAACAGGAGCGCAAACUACAUGCAGCAAGUUGCCGCGAACGAGCUCACUGAAGUCCUUGCACGGGAGGAUGUCAAUGUCCAAUUUCACUACACCACCGUUUCGGACUCUGGAUCAGAUUCCCCCAUCGGGUGUGACAACCCCCCCAAGGCUACAGAUGAGACUGAGAAGGAAGACGAUCCUAGAGAGAGGAAGGGAUUGGAGGGAGACACCGAAAAACAGACAGUGCCCAACAAUCAGCACAUUAACGACCCGGAGAUCACUAUGAAGCCCGGACGGCCGGAUCUUCACUUCAUUAUGAAUCAGGCUGCUGCUAGAGCUCAUGAUGGUGGCAUCAGGCUUGCCAUAAUGGCUUGCGGUCCAGCGAAGAUGGUCGACGAGACUAGAGAGAUCUCCUAUCGCUGUAUGAGGGAGCACGGUGGCGCUGUACAAUAUUUCGAGGAGGCUUUUGGCUGGUAG